CAGCAGCAGCAACAGCAAAUAAAAUAACAAAAUGGCCGCUUCUGCUGCAGACCAAAGGAACGAUACAGUUUCUUUUUCAUAUGUUGGCAGUUGUAAUAUUACUUUUGGACAAAUGCAGGACCUUAUAAGAACACAGAACUCGUUGCUUGCAAAAUUAAAGUAUAUGCUUGAAAAGAAAAAAGAUUCAGUCACAAAAGAUGCUUUUGAGGAUCUGAAGCAAAAGCUAGAGGAGGAAAAGCGACUCCAUCAAAUCACAAAGUCACAACUCGAGAAUCGUGAAAACGAACUUCAGUUUGCAUUGAAUGAAGUUGCAUUAUUAUCUCGGCAGUUGGAAGCAGAAAAAGAAAAAUUCAGCAAAACGUAUAGAAGUCUCGUGAAUUCUCAACAGCGUAAAAGCCAAGAAACCAAUGCGUUGCUAGACAAAUGCACAGAAAUAUCAGAGGUUUGUGGUGUUCAAGAUGACGCACUAAAGAAAAAAGAUAAAACAAUCGAGGAUUUAAAACAAAAGCUAGCAAAACAAUCACAGGGCAGGAGAAUUGCUGAAAACGAGGCAGAGCUUCGUAUCCAGCAGGAAAGAUUCCUGGUUGGACAGAGAGAUGUUAAAAAGAGUGGAACAACUAGAAGUAAGAGUAGCUGGAAAUGAUUUAUUAACAGCUUUGGUCUAUGCAAACAUUUAGACGUGAUUACUUGACCAUAGAUGUAGGAACCAGGGGGGACAGGGGACACGCAGUUUCAAAGUACCUACCUGCAGCCUACAAUGUUGCCCAUAUUCUGACUACAUAUGCCCCCCCCUCCCCCCUCCAGUUUUGAAAUGCUUCCCACGUCUAUGUACUUGGUGUCUUCUGCUGGGGUCAUCUUCCUUCGGGGUAAUUACUCUAUUUGUAUGUGGUCUUUGCAGCCGUCGUUUACAACAGACUAAUGACAGAACCUGUUUUCAACAUCAGUACGAGAUAGCAUAACAUGAAACGUCUCAGGUCAACCAAAAGCAAAGCAGCUCCAUAAACAUUAUUGAAUGUACCCUAAUGAUAAGGUCUCCUUUCUAACAUCAUGCUGUCAGAUUUUGAAAUAAACAGCCGAUUGACUCCAGUUUCUUCAUUAUAUGCAGUUUCAAGUAAUUAAAUUACAUAUCUUUUUAUCCAGUUCACUAUAACAAAUCUUUAAACCAUUAUUUUCUUUUUCUAAGACUCGAUCCUUAAAGAAAAAGGAUAAUAACCAGGAUAUGAAACCAUUGAAGAUAAUCAGAGGUAGAUUUGUUAUUUGCGGAUGAUAUUAAUCUAAAAACGGCUUUGCUGGCCUGGACUUUUGCCAAUGAAUCUAAUUGAACUUUUCAAAAUACUGAAAUGGUUGUACACAAAAUCUUUAGGUAUCUGGAAAAAUGGUCGCCUCUUUUUAUUUUAACCUCAGAAAGAGGCUUGACGAAAAACAUACGCAGUUUCAUAACAACCCAGAAUUGUCACUGAUCUGCGGGAAUUGUCUAGUUUCCAUACUGCUCUAGCCUGAGAUCAGGCUCGGAUGGAUGGAGAAGACCGGGAGCCUGAUCUCAGGCUAAUACUGCUCGACCUGAUAAUCACAAAUAAGCAUGAUUAAUAGUCAUAAAUUAGUAUGAUUAAUUAUUUCAAGUAAAUGGUAAGGGUUAGGGCUAGGGUUAGGGUUAGGUUUAGGUUUAGGUUUAGGGUUAGUGUUAGGUUUAGGGUAAACUAAUUACGUCUUCAGGUCGAGCAGUAUGGAAACUAGACAGCUCCUAACAACCCUGGAGGUUUUGAGCUUGGUAAAAUUACAAAAGAAAGAUUCUGAAGAAAGACAACACAUAUUUGUUUAAUUUAACAGUCAGAUCGGUUUGUACUUUCGAGAAACAAAUUAUGAAGUCUCUAACUUUGCGUUCCCACUAACCCACUUGAAAAACGGAAAAGUUUGAAAACGGGUCUCGGAGUGGGUCAGUUUUUACCCGGAUAUCUUUUGACCCACAUGUGAGUUAAUGAAAACGCCAAAACCCGGACAACUUCUCCGAUCCGGGCAACGUUUAAGAAUUGAGAUGGCGCCGAAAAUAAAAAAACAAAAUCCUCGAGAUCGAUGUUGCUUCCAUUGGCUUACAACGAUAGAAAUUGAAGGAUUAUUGAUGCAAAUACUGAUUUCUAUUACAACUCUGCGUAUGUUUUGACUAUUUCACCCUGAAUACAUUUUAAUCAGGCUUAGUGGGAGCGACCAAAAACGGUUCAAAAACGGGUCAAAGAAAAAUGCCGUUUCCGUUGACUCACUUUGAAAACGGAUAACUUUUAACCCGGUUUUCUUUUUACCCAGGCUAGUGGAAAUGCUGCCUUAAUGAAUCCCUACUUCGAAGAAAUUCUAUACUCAAUUUUGUGAAGUAUUAUCUAUAUUAUAUCCUUAUUGAGCUCCUUAUUAAUCAUGCAAGAGCACUUUGAAGAGAUCUUCGACCUCUCGGUAAAUUCUUCAAAAUUUAAGAAGCGGCAAGUAAUAAUUUUAAUCCUGCCAGUUAGAGGAAUGUCGACAAAUGUGGGUGCAUUUUUAUCGCAUGUAAAACAUUUGUUUGUGAGAACCUAGACAUUGUUUCUUCUACGAAAAUUUUUUGAUCCUUUUCUAAAUCAUCAUUGAUUUAAAAUAGUUGCCCAUAUGUAAAUAUGUAUGUACAAUGUUAGAUAAGAUAACAAAAGCCAAAGUAGCCACAACAGCAACAACAGCUGCUCCCCCAUCCUCUGUACCAAUGUCCGAUCGACAAACUCCCUGCAAUAUUGAAAGUGCAAGGAAGUUGUUCAACCAAUAUGGGGUAGAAGAUGAAAGGACCAGGGGAGCACAAAGAAAUGGAUGCUACCAAGGACAUAAUUUCGGUCUUUAUGCUACUAUUUGCGGGUAACUGUCAAAAAAUACUACCAUUUAAGGGUGAUUUUUUAAAAUUUUAGCAUUUGUCCUCUUUGACCUUGACUGAACUCCCUGUUACGCCCUAAUAGGAGUACCCCCCUCCUCCCCCCUCCGGAGAAAGUAUAAGACGAUAAUUAUUUUAACUAAGAAAAAGCCAGUUUAACUUAAUACGCGAGUUGGGGUGUAUUCCCUCAAGUUACCAGAGGUAGAUUAUAAUGCCGUGUUGCAUUUUUACAAUGACAGUUUAGUUAACUAAACAGUUUACAUUAUAAUGCCGUGUUGCAUUUAUCAUUCAACGUUAACUAAACUCUAUCUAGUAGUUUAAUGAAGCUCUAACUGUAACUCUUACAUUUUUCUCUUAGUAAUGAAAUUGUCUCAUGGUAUUUUAGUGUCUGCGUUUUGCCACAGGCUGAAAUGUAAAAUAUAUUAUUUCCAUUUUCUUUGGAUCAAUCAUAUUUUUCGUUACAUUUUUACUCCUUCCUUUCUUUUUGUUCAAGUCAGAUUUCUUUGUUGCACUUUCCGUCCUUCGCGUCUCAGUUGUCUCAUUCUUCUUAUUACUUUUCCACGCUUCUAUUUUCUUUCAUUUUCUCUCCUUUUUUCCUUUUUCUUUACUUGAUUUCAGGAUGGGGGGAGUGAAAGAUUCGAUUUCUGAGAAAAGGGCAAAAUCAUCGAUUGGUUGCUACUAUCACUGUCCUCUUUCUGUGGAAUCAUGAACUAUGGUGGAAUCCCCUUGAGUGGGAAACAACAAAUUCCUUUUAGUGCUUAGGGUAGAAACCUUGAAAUUAACUAAAUUAACAGCAGAGGUUUUAGUUGAAAAGCUGUAUGUUUCCUAUGUUAUCUUUUCAAUUAAGUUUGCGGCAAGUGUAGAGCCUCAUAAAGUACCUUAGGCGGUUAUGCUGUAAUUAAUCUUUGAAAAUAUAGUCAUGUGGUAAUAAUAGUUUUGUAACCUUUAUUAUCUUAGAUUAUCCUCGAAUUUUGUUGCAAAGCUUUGAUAAGAA